UCGGUUUGUUGUUCACUUUGGUUUAAGCAAGACUGAUUGAUUUCCUGUUCAAGUUGAGUUCAAAGACAGAGCGAGAUCACUCACUCACUUAUUCCUUCCUUCAUUGAGAUGGAGCUGGACCCGGUGUUUGUUCGGGCUGUCCGUCUACUGCACUCAAAAUCCAAGGAUUCCGCCGCUCAACUCCACUCCAUGCUCGAGGAGGCCAUCAAUUACCGCAAGGGGCUAGGACCCGGACCCGUAGGCGCCCCUCUGAUUCAUCAUACGCUCUCGUCCGCCUCCAAGCCGCUUUUAGGGUCCAGUGCGGGCCCCGCCACCACGACCGCCCCCGACAAACGCUCCUUGGAUCGGUUGAAGCACGAGCUCUCAGAGCUGGCCGCCGCCUCGGCCACCACCUCGUCCACCUCGGGUAAUACCGCGCCAGGUAUUAAGCGGGCCCGCCUGGACUCGCCUCGCUCGAGCACGGCCGGUUUUUCCAGUAAGUCGCACACGCCCUCACCCACCCCCCCGGGAUCUUCGCGCGGGGGAGAAAAGCACUCUUCCUCCGAGGGCGAUGAGAGCGAGGCCAUGAUGGAUAUCAAUCUGGAAUUGGAGGGUCUCAACGAUUGCACUUGCUGCGUGUGCAAGUCCUUUAAUCAGGAGAUCGGGAACAAGCUCAUGGAAUGUCACACCUGUCAGAACCUCUUUCAUCAGGAAUGCCACGUACCCACCGUGUCGAAUGACGAGGCCAAGGACCCGCGAUUAGUGUGGAAUUGCACUGAUUGUAGUAAAUCCUUGUUAUCGCACCGUCCUAUGGGCAAGGGUUCGCCCACUGUAAGUUACGCCAAAAGCUUUACCAUGUUCAAAGGUUCAACCUCGUCAACUAAUGUGUCCCGGAGUUCGCCAAGUAAAUCGGAUUAUGCCUUACCCAAAAAGGCGGACAAGGGUGGGGUAUCUGGCAAAUCAACCGGUCUGAGUGCCUAUUCCAAUCUUCCCCAAUACAAAUCUAGUGGUAAAGGAUUAAGUUCCGUCAGCCGUGAGUUCGGGGUGGCCAACGUACUGGACGGACUGGAUCCAGCUCCAGUGGUGGGUCGGGCUCGUCAUCUCAUAAAGGACCCUCAACGUCGUCGACGGGUAAAGCAGGUCUAAAUGCCGGAGUCGGAGGUGCAGCCAGUUCCAUUGCAGUGGACAAGCGCUUGCAGCUAUCUAAGAAGAAAAGUACUAGUUCGACUCAGCGAAAGAAGUGACGUCUUAUUGUGAAUGUCAAAUAUUAAAACGAUGAACGUUUACCAUAAAACAUUCCUUUUUUUUAUUGAUCUCACAAUCAGGCCGGGUGGCUUAUAACUUCAGGAGAAUGUAAAUAUGAUCACUUGGCCUCGAAAAAAAAUAAAACCCUGAAAUAACA